AUGGCUGAUCAAUUAACUGAAGAACAAAUUGCUGAAUUCAAGGAAGCUUUCUCCUUGUUCGAUAAGGAUGGUGAUGGUACCAUUACCACCAAGGAAUUGGGUACUGUCAUGAGAUCUUUGGGUCAAAACCCCACUGAAGCUGAACUCUAAGAUAUGAUUAACGAAGUCGAUGCUGAUGGUAACGGUACUAUCGAUUUCCCUGAAUUCUUAAGUUUGAUGGCCAGAAAGAUGAAAGAUACUGAUACUGAAGAAGAACUUAUUGAAGCCUUCAAGGUCUUCGAUAGAGAUGGUAAUGGUCUCAUUUCUGCCGCUGAAUUAAGACACGUCAUGACUAAUCUCGGUGAAAAGCUUACUGACGAAGAAGUCGAUGAAAUGAUUAGAGAAGCUGAUAUUGAUGGUGAUGGUCACAUUAACUACGAAGAAUUCGUUAGAAUGAUGAUGGCUAAGUGA